AUGGAAUUUGAAAAUACCGAACCGCUUGAUCGGAACCCUGCAUCGGCCAGUUUCAUUUUCUUUCCUAGUGAAGUUGAGUCGGAAUUCUCGAAACUCGGCCAACAAGUUGCUAGCGAAAAUGCAAAAGCGCCUUACCAACUGGAAAGCAAAACCCCAACCGCAACAAUAGAACGUAUUACUGGCGCGAUGCAGCUGAGAUCGUCUGAUAACAAACGUCGCAGCUGGACACCGAAACGGUUGUCGGAGGAGCUGGCAGCUGCUCUUUCCGAUGUACUUAAUGAAGGUGCUGAGUUCAUACCAAAAAUUGCUCGGAAAUACGGUAUUUCCCCUUCAACAUUGUUAGAAUCCUACAGGCGAAUGAUGCGAGGUAUGUUGCAGUAA